AUGCCAGAGUACAUUACCAGGGGCGUGCGAUUUCAUGCAAAUAUGCAGGAGGUAAAAGGGACCUGGCCUAGGACUGAUACCUUUGUGAAGCUUUCAAGUGAGGCACAGGACCGACUGCUCCUGGUUAACAGCCACAGGCUAGAAGAGGGCGAAUGCAUCAACUGGAAUAGAGCGACGCUGGAGCUCGGAGCCCGGUUUCGGGGCAUGCGACACUGGGGUUUCCGACCCCUGGUCAAGCAGUACGGGGGGGUGAUCUGCAGCGGCGACGACAAACAUAUCCGGAUGUUCACCGAGUCCACGGAGGACGGCGACCCGAUUCCCUUCGAACGGGACGGCAGGGUCGAGUUCUGCGCCGAUGAGGACUUUGAGAUCAUGAGGGAGUGGGCUUUGGGUCUUCCGGCGUGUGAACCCCGAUCGCUCCCCGAUCCCAAGGAUUCUAAUUUUGUGCACGACAUUCACAAUAUUGUGGGCUAUGAAGCGACACCUCUGCAUCUGGGGAAGGACUGCACAUACACCCUUUAUUCUCAGAUGUAUCCAUUACCGAAAGAUGUGCAUAAGAACGCGAUGUAUCGAGUGGAGUGCGAGAAAUUGGAAAACAUAAAUGGGGACUGA